AAGGACGACGUGGUCGUCAUGGAGGGGAGCCGACCCGGCACCCGCGACAUGGGGGUGGUGCUGAAGGUGCUCUCCGGGAGCCGCGCCGAGCGGCUCGCGGGGGCGGCGGCCGGGGGCGGCGCGGCGGCCUCCUCGGGCCUGCGGCGCGUGCUGUGGCGCUGCACCGACCUCGACAGGGCGCGCCGGAGGGAGCAGCUGCAGCCCCUGGAGGAGAUGGUCCUGCCGCUCCUGUCCGCCCGGCUGCCGCCCGGGGCCACGGCGCUCGGGGUGGGCGCCUCCAUGGACGGCGCGCACCUGCGGCUCUUCGUGCGGCUCGCCGCGGCGGACCCGCAGGA